UCCCCCCUCUUCUUCGGCGAGCCGUCUCCAUUGGUGGGCAAGGUGCGAGUUGGGAAAGGCGAGGGACCAGGGAGAGAUGCUGCCGAGGGGGCGGAUGGCGAAGGCAGCGGUGCUGGUGGUGGCGGGGCUUCUUCUUCUGCUCUCGUCGUCUCCUCCACCGGCGGCGGCAGCGGGGCGAGGAGGAGAACUCAGGAUGAAGCAUUCUGAUGGUGGCUAUUCUUAUAACCGCACUCUCGCCCAUAUUCUUGUUCAAUAUGCAUCUGCUGUGUAUACGUCUGACUUAACCUCACUUUUCACGUGGACAUGCCCAAGGUGUCAAGGUGACACAAAGGGUUUUGAGAUGAUAGAGAUAAUUGUAGAUGUGGAGAACUGCUUACAGGCCUUUGUUGGAGUUGCCCCUGAUCCACAAUCCAUAAUCAUUGCUUUUAGAGGCACACAAGAACACAGUGUCUCAAAUUGGAUUGAAGAUCUCUUCUGGAAGCAGCUUGAUGUAACUUAUCCAGGCAUGCCGGAUGCAAUGGUUCACCAUGGGUUUUAUACUGCAUAUUAUAAUACAACAAUGCGGCACGAGAUCUUGAAAUCUGUUCGUUGGGCAAGGAAGACAUAUGGAAGACUACCUAUAAAUGUUGUAGGUCACUCAAUGGGAGGGGCUUUAGCAUCAUUCUGUGCCCUUGAUCUCUCUGUAAAGUUUGGAUCACAGGAAGUUCAACUUAUGACUUUUGGACAGCCUCGGGUAGGCAAUCCUGCUUUUGCUGCUUAUUUCAGUGAGCAAGUCCCAAGAACAAUCCGCGUGACCCAUCAGAAUGAUAUUGUGCCACACUUGCCACCAUAUUUUUGUUAUCUUGGUCAAUGGACAUAUCACCACUUUUCGAGAGAGGUUUGGCUUCAUGAGACCAUAAUAGGAAAUGUAGUUACUAAAAAUGAGACAAUCUGUGAUGGAUCAGGCGAGGACCCAACGUGCAGCAGGUCGGUCUAUGGCAGAAGUGUGGCAGAUCAUCUUGAAUACUACGGUGUCACACUACACGCCGAUUCAAGGGGAACCUGUCAAUUUGUGAUUGCUCCAACGAACACAGCAUAUGGUAGCGUUCUUGAAGUUGAUAGAGUCAUCAUCUUGGCAAGAUAUCCGCAGGAGUGGCAUGCCGUGGAAUCUAUUUAACCCUUUAACUGAGGGUAAAUUGUACACUGUACAGAAUUUAUUUUGCCUUUUGUGCAUAUAGCUCAUGUAAUGUAGACAUACUGGGUUGUCCAGGAGCUCUCCUGAGGAUAAGGAGAGGUUUCACUUUUAUUAUGUGCCCCCCUUUACUCAAGUGAGAAUUGUACAUGGAUGCUCCACGAACAUUGUAGACACGCCUUAAUUGAUGUACAUCAUAUCAAUGGAAGAAAUAAUGGAAGGAUUUGAUGGUAUUAUAU